GUAAAUAUGGCGGUUAGAAAUGAAUUUCUUCGUCAAAAUUGUGAAAAUCAAAUAUUUUGAAUAACAGUAAUGAAUAAUUAAAUUAUGGACUGCACGUUUAUAUAUUUGAUUAGUGUGAUAGGACACAGUAAUAUUAGAUAGAAACAAUAGAGCUUGUGAAGUGUAUAGUCUGUCAUUGUGAAUUUCAUCUUAGAAAUUUAAAAAUAAAAAAUGAAAAUAAUGUUUGGAAGAGAUAUAUAUUGGCCUUACUUUGUGUUUUUGGAUUGAAAAUGGGCCCAAUAGAGAAUGUGACUUUUCCAUAUGAAGUUGAAAACCUGACAGUAUCAACAGAAAUAGAUAAAACUUCAGUUCAAGACAAGUUACUCAGUGACCUUCCUUCUCAGAUUGGUGUCAACAAUGGGUUUAAUAUUUCAACAAGUGACAACUCAACACAGCUCAAAUCUAUCUUGUUUCAUCAACAAGCAGAUUUGGAAAACAAGCUUGUAUCUGUUCUCAAAGACCAAAAUAUUUCUGUGUUUAAUUAUUUUUCCAAGUUAUCUGGAUUACCCUCCCAUACAUUACCUACCACUACAACUGAAAGAAUACCUUAUACAUCAGGUGUUGUCAGUUGGGGCUUUAUUACUCCUAUAACAUUAAUUGGUAUGUUCCUAAUGUUCGUUGCCAUCUGUCUUUGCUAUCAAAACUGGAAAGAAAAACAGAGAUUGAGAAGUUAUGUCCCAACAGGACCAGUGCCUAUAUAUUCUAGUGAAAUUAGUGCCAGUAUAAAACAUGAUACUGGUUCCAGAGAUUCAAUUAGAUCUAACAACUCAGCAAGAUCUAUUGGUGCCAGCACGUUUGAAAAAUCACAGAUACCACCCAUUCCAAGAAAAGCACCACUGAAAGUAGGGAUAGAAGAGCAUUGGAAGGUACUUGGUCCUUCUAGAACUUUAUCACCUAUUGAUGAAAAUGACACUAUAAAUUCAAAAAACACUAUUGAGACGAAACCACACAGAGAAAGGUUCUCAUCUUAUCAGAUGAGUUGGUUGACUGAAUCUGCGAAAGAAGCUCAGUCAUCCAACUGGACAGAACCACAAGGUAAUCAUGCAGCUGAAAAUCCAAAUCAGCUUGGAAAUGACGAGUAUUAUGAAGACAAUCCAGUAAUUCGACAGUCUGAAGAGAAGUCACAGCAUUUCCCUCAUUACAACACUCCCACUGAUGAAUUUGAUGUGGUAUCUGAAUGUAGUGAUAAUUUACGUGGUGGUGAUUCAGCAACAUCAACUCACAUCAAUGAUAACAUCAGUCUACCAUCAACUAUAUAUCCGGCUGUUGGAAGAGCUCCACCCUCUCUUACUGGUGGUGCUGAUUUAUCUUCAAUUCAUACUUACUUUGAUAAUAGACCCCCUUCAAGACGAACAGAAGACUACAAUAUCCCAAGUGAGCACACGUCAGCUACAACCAGCUUUACAGAGAGUGCUAGUGGUACACUCAGUCUACCAAGUAGUAUUUCUAGAUUCCAUGCCAGUCGACUCAACAAUACACCAAAUUCCGUUUACCCAUUAGCUAGCACUCAAAAUGGAUCUCAAGCAAAACUGAAUUUCACUGUUACUAGUAGUGUGGACAUGUCGGAGAACAACUCGCAGUAUUCUGAUAACACCUCCAUGUUUCCAAACGUUGGUAGCAGCAUCACCUCGUAUGGUCCAUCUGUUACAAGGUCCAAUCCCACAUCCUCUUGUAAUAGUGAAAUAAGUCCUGAAUAUUAUAAUGGUGGCACCCGAUCUGGAACAGGGCCAUCCACAAGACAAAAUAGCUUCUCUACGAGUUCCGGUGAUGGUCCACCACUUCACACUACAGAAAACAGUCAUGUUACUUUAGCCAGAGAGGCAGAGAUAUUUAGAAAUUGGAGUGUAAGCGCGGGUAUCAAUUCUGGAUCAUUAGGAAACCUUCCUGGCUUAGCUCCUACACCAUUACCAAGUGGUGAAUCCUAUAGCAUUAGUCAGAACAAAGAAGACUCUGGUCAAUCUAAAUCUGAUGGACAUAUUACAUUGAACUCUUACGAUUUAAACCACAAUCUCUCUCCAAGUGAUACAAGGAAGGUUAAAUUUAGUGUUCCUGUACUCAACAAAAAGCAGUAUUGGGUUUGAUCAUAAUUAAAUAUUUGAUAGUAUCCACGGUUAAUGAAGAGAUAGUUUAGUUUGUAUAUUGUAUAUUUAUUGCAAAAACGUAUUUAUUUCGUACGAUUUGUGACAAUGAAAUUAAAAUAUGCGAAAAAAAGAGAAUCAGCUAAAAGACUUAUAUACCUUAUACUGUAGGUUUUCCAAAUGUAAUUAAAUCGAGUGUGUUU